AUGGUUGGGGUAAAUACCGCCCAUAUAAGAGUUAGGACCCUUGGAAGUGCAGAGCAGGCACUGCGGCCAGCCGCCUUGCCUUCCGCCUUCACUCAGCUGAAUGCCGAGACGAAGGAGGGCAUGGAGAACCCUAACGAGCAAGAUCGUGAAGUUCCUCAGGUUAUGAGUCGCCCAAAUGACUCCAGUGCGCGCUCACAGAGCGGCGAGGCCUCUGCCCAGGUUGUAAACGGUGUUGGACCUCCUCUACGAGGACGCCUAGACAUGGACGAUGAGGUAGCUGCCGCACAGGGAGAUUUAGAUCUCGGUGAUGCCCGAACCGAACAGCAGCCACCGGGAAUCCCUUCUUUGAGACCUGAGACAGAUCUACCUGACUCUGCGAGAGACUUUCUGCAAGGGCCGAGAAGCUCAGCUCCCGAAGCUGGGCCUGGACACUCAGCCCCUUCUGCGGGCCAGAAGUUCUCUUUGCGUCAAGAACAACUAGCUGGACCUAUGGGAUCUGGAGGGGCGUCGUCGAGGAUGCCUCCUGAUCCAAUGUCGGCGACGGCAAGGGUGAUGAGAUCUGGAGAUAGUGUGGAAUACGCUUCUGUGACAUCGCCUGUCUUAAGGGAAGACGUGAAUCCGCAAAUUCUGGAUGGUCAGGAUGUUAAUGCCUCGCUGCUGGGAACGAAUAUUAUGCGGAGGCUUCAGCAGCUUCAUGCUUCGGCUCCCCAGCUGUAUGGCAGAAUUCCUGAAGAUAUUCCACCACGCCCGCCGUCGACUACUUCAAGUGACAUCCAGUUGGAAGUUCGGAGACAACUAACAGAGGUGAUGGCUUUGCAUGAGGAAGAGAGUAGGAGACUUAGAGCGCAGGUAGAAGCUUUGGUAGCAGAGAACUAUGAACUUAGGACGAAUUCUAUGAAUGAUGUACAGGAUAGACAACCUACUUCACGACCGUGGCUGAUGACUACGGGUGGGUUUCCUGGACUUGGAUGGUUAGGGAGAGGUCUAGGCUCCUUUAUAGGGGGAUCGCCUCCUCCACCUCCUCAGCCUAUGGACUUAAGGGCGGAUCCCAACAGGAUGUUUCCUUCCAUCGCUGGAACAAGUCAUCAGGCUUUGGACUUACAGCCUAUUCCUCCACCUCCACCACCUCCGGUCCCGAUAGGAACCUCGAUGAUGGCCCAGCAACCAGGCUCGACGGAAGUCCCAAUGAUUAUGCCACCUGCAGUAAUGCCGAAACAGUUGGGUUUAGUCCCUCCUAGACCUAGUGCCGAACGGAACCCAGACCCUGAAUUAGGUAAUGCUGUAGGAGGAGAACGUACUGCUGAGCAUGGUAUUCCUUCCAGUAACCUAGACCCUAUGAACGUAGUCCUCACAGGAAUGGCUCAGCUGCAAGGUUUGGUUACUGAGUUAGCAACCAGCCCAAAGGGAUCGACGAAACCAGAACUGGUGAAGCCGGGAUCUGUGGCUCUUCCAGAGCUACCGGCACCAGGCCCCGAGGGAUGCCUACUGUUUGCAGAUUGGAUUCACGAUAGUAGGCCGGCUCUCUCGGAUGUUUCUGAUAACUCCGAGGUUUUGUGGCAACUGGUGCUGAGUGAGUCUGAGCGCUGGUAUAAGGAAUAUUUGAUGUUAGGGCCAAUGGAAAGGUUGGUUUCUAAGCCAAAGCCCACCAGUGAGUUGCAAGACCCUAAGUGGAGUAGGGUGUCAAGGCGUAUAGAAUCUAUGAUUAUAAGUGCCGCACCGGCAGCUGUCCGGCAGGAGUUGAGUGCAGCCAGAGUCUCGGGAUUGCUUAAUGUGGUUUCGAGGUUGUUUUGCAUCUACGGUCCGGGCGGCAUAGCUGAACGAGAACUGGGGUUGAAGCAUAUUCAAGAACCCCCGGUAGCAAGCUCAAUCCAAGAGGCGAUCGACGGGCUACGCCGCUGGAGACGGUGGUGUCACCGUAUGACAGAGCUCGGUGGCACACUUCCGGACUGUGCCAUUAGGGCUCGCGCCUUGACGAAGUUAUCACGACAGGUGCUAUCCCAGCACCCGGACAUAUCCUUUCGGAUUAACUUGAUAAGGGCUGAACUUCAAGUGGACUUGACACCUUCGGAUGAUAAGGUUGAGAAACUUCAUGGGCAAUUGCUUAGUGAGUUCGAGGCUGUGAGUAACAGGAAGGAUAAGGACCAGGAUAAGGACAAAUCCGGUUCCAAUACUUCCCAACCGUCAGCUAAGGUUAAGGGUGUUGAAGCUAGCGACGCUACGCCCCCCCCACCAAAGGGCCCUAAGCCUAAGAGCGCAGCCAAGCCCUCUCAACCUACCCCGAAGGUAGGCCAGUCUGCAGAAGGAGUGUCUGCGGGUAGACCGCCAUGCAGUUUUUACACUUCGGCCUCCGGAUGUAAGAAGGGAAUGGAAUGCACGUUUGAGCAUGAUUGGAAUGCCAUACCGGCAGCAGAAAGAUCACAAAGGUGCAAGUCGUGUGGAGCUAAGGGCCACAAGGCAGCAGAGUGCAAGGCAGGGAGCAAGGAAGGAAGCCCUAAAGGAAAGGGUAAAGGAUAUGGUAAGACCAACCCUAAUCCGAAUGCUAGCUCCAGUGCCGUUACGUCUCCGCCACCUCCCCCUGCUGGGACGGAUGCUCGUCAGAUAAAGUCAAUGCUGGCAGACGCAGCAUUGAUUCUUCAGCAAGCAGCCCCGGUAGCAGCUGAGGCCCAACAGCCCCAAUCGACUCCUGUGAAUACCUCCACUCAAGAUGCAACGGGAGGUGCACCUUCAGGAGUUACCCCAGGCACGCCAGUGACCUUAGCAGCCUUGCAGGCCCAGUUGGAUUCACUACGUUCCAUGACACGAGACUUCGGAGUCCGAACAGUGACUACUGCGGAGAGAGAGCUCUCGGAGAGGAUUGAGGCUGUGGCCUUACUGGACAGCGGGGCGACGCAUGCAGUCAUCCCAUACAAUCCUUCUCUCCAGGACCUGGAUUCUGUGCCAGUUACCUUAGCCGGUGACGCCCGUGAUCAGUGGUGGAAGACUAAGGGUGGUACGUUGGUAGUUCCCCCACAAGGUCAGCCAGCGAAUAGUAAGGAGUUGCAGAUGAUACUUCCGUUUGGAGCCCUUGUUCAGACUUUGGGUUGCAAGGUGAGUUGGAGUAAACGUAGCGGCCUUACUGUUAUCCACCCGAGGCUUGGAAGGUUGAAAACAGGGAUUAGUAAGAAUACGUGCCCCUUCGUGCAAGAAGAACAAGCGUUGGCCCUCAUAGCAGAGCUCGAGGAGCGCAGAUUGGCACAGUUUGAGGAAGAAGUACAAACUUUGCAUUGCCACCUUGAAAGUUUGGAGAAGCCCUUGGACCCUACGGAAGCUUUGAGAAUCUUUGCGAUGUCAGGAUCGAGGCAAGACGCUUUGAGAGCGGUAUUGGCCCAGCCUUACUUUUCCGAUGCGCGAGAGGACCUGAGGUCCCGCCUAGCGGAGCAAUUGCCGGGUUUUGAUGAGGAAUCUGGUAAGGAAGUGUUAAAGGGCUUACCGCUCAAUAGGGCAUCUAGAAGGGAACUUCUUUCAUCGAGGCGAUGGCUUGUGCAUUUGUGUUCUGGAACUCCAGAGCGUAACGACCCUCUGCGUGAGUGGGCCCAAGAAAGAGGUGUGAAGCUUCUUCAGGUUGAUAUCCAAGGAAAGGGAGGUAGAGGCUGGGAUCUUGGUCAGUCGAACGGCGUAUGGAAGGCACUACUGUGGGCCGCUGCGUCAGGAAGGGUUGUAGGGAUCCUAAGUUCCCCACCUCCCAUAAGGGACGAAGUAAGCCUGGCCUUAAACCUGCAGCCCAUGUUCCUUUGGUCACUGGCAUCCGUCACAAAAGGAACGGGUAUCCCUUACCUAUUUGAGCAUGCCCUUAUGCAAGAUAAGGUACCGGAACACUUUGCCUUGUGGUCCGGUGGACGGUGCGAAAGGAUUGGAAGCAAGGUGGACUCUGGUUUGAAGGUGAUUACAAACUUGGAUCUGGGCUUCGUGGAAGAUUUGGAGUUUGAGGGAAGGAAAUGGUCCAAGGGACUCAAAAGGGUGAUUGCACAGGCUUUAUCAGGUAGACCACGCGUUCAGGCUGUGGAAGCGUUGGACCAAGCUAUCACGAAAGGGCUUGCAGCUAUAAAGCCAUGUGUAAGCAAGGAUGUAUGCCAGAGUGAAGAUGAAGAUGAAGAAGGUGAAAGGUUGAAUAGGAUGUUUGAGCAGGAGAGUCAGUUCUCCUCGUCUGACGAGGAAGAGAUUCUUCCCAAUCUAGAUGAAGGCCAGGCAGGCACACAAGGCGCAUCGCAGGAUCCAAGGGUGAAUGAGGUCAAGGAAAUGUCUCAGGCAUCACUAGAUGGAUGGCGAAGGCACUUGAUGAACGGACAUACUCCGUAUAGGAGAGAUUGUAAGCACUGUGUGGAGGGAGCAGGGUUAGGGGUGUUUCACAAUAAGGUAAAACAUCCACGAUCGUUCAGCCUCUCUAUUGACCUAUUUGGUCCAGUGCCACGGCCAGAAGCGGGCCGUGAUGAAACUUGCGUCACUGGCAAAUGCACCAUGAGGUACGGCUUAGUUGGGGCUUUCAGAGUUCCUAGGAAGGUUUUGGGUUCAGCACCUGGUGUGGAUGGUGUUGGGGACCUCUUUUCACCUAAGGGUCCUAACCAGGCUCCACUUCCAGCAGAUGUGGACCGUGAGGAGUAUCAGCCGUCAGAACCAGGUGAGGAGCUCUUUCCAGAGUUGUUCGAUGUUCCAAUUGAGCCCAUGGUAGAGGAAGCACUUGAACCGAUUGAGGUUAAAGGUGUAGCGCCUGAGGAGGAGUCAGAGUCCUUGCUGAAAGAUGAUGAAGGUUUGCCUGAUGAUGAUGAAGGUCUGAAGGCAUUGGUGUCAGAACUCCAAGAACCAGUGGAGCAAGUGGUUCUAAGGUUCUUCUUGCCAUUAAAGACUAAAACAGGACCCGAAGUCACCGAAGCCGUUCAGCAGAUGAUACUUGGAAUAAGUAAGGACUACCCAGUAAAGUCCCUUCAUCACGAUCCGGGAACUGAAUUUUCCACUACGGUACUUUCCCGCUGGCUAGCAGAUAAGGGCAUAAGGGUCCAGCACUCUCUGCCAACAGACAAAAGAGGCAACGGUUUAGCGGAAAGGACUGUAGGUUGGGUGAAGGAGCGAAUUAGGACUCUUCUGGGUGCCACUUCAAUGCCGAUACAUUGGUGGCCGUUGGCCGCAAGAUGGGCAGUCCAUAAGCAUAAUUCCAUCCUCCUAGGCUUGGCCCCGCCACCUGCCUUUGGACAGAAGGUCCUCCACAGGGUCAAGAGACCAGCCGAUGGGGCAAAGCAAUUGAUGGAGCGUUGGGUCGAGGCCUUUUACGGUGCACCCCAUAGGACAGUGCAAGGUGGACAUGUGUUAGUCACAACCGCCGGAAACCUUGUAGCCUCCCGAGGGUUUAAGUCAGAGGUUAUAGACCCCACGCAAUUAGCAGGACUAGGCUUACCCUUGUUACAAGAAGAUGACCUGCCACCCGAGCCUUUGGUGGAACCUUCCGGUGAUCAAGCUCCAGUAGCAGUGGCGCCGAGCAAGAGACUAAGGAGAAAGUCAAGGGUUGAGUUUGUUGAGUGCGAUGAAUCUUUGGACCUUGAGAGUUUGGCACGGGGUUAUCUUUUAGAAGAUGACGUGUCUGACAGCGCGUUCAGGACUAUUGCAGAACAGCUUCAGUCUCAAGAGAGAUCUUCGGGAGAUCGGAGGGGAAACUUUGAAGGCAAGUUUGUGUUGGGUGCCUUUUGUCAUGGUGGACAAAGGGGUGUGACUACCCUUGGCAAACGGUUGCCCACAGUGACUAGUUUCCUUAACCACUUCCUGAGAAGGAGGCUGUUGCGGGAAGAUGAAAUGGGCGUGCCAGGAUGGUCCUCAAUCAUGGUAAUGCAUGCCAGUGAGAUAAGUAAACACAAGGAUGUCAGGAAUGAGUGGCAUUCCUUGAACUAUGUGUUGUGCGUUCCUGGUGGAUAUGACCUUCAUGUGGAGAACCUUAAGAGAAGUUCAGGUUCCGAGGAGGCUCAGGCAGACAGUGUGCACUCACUGACCCAUGGAGUCGUGAGCUUUGACGCAAGAUGCCCUCACUCAGUUCAUAAGAGACCCGAUUGGUUUAUUGUGGGUUACACACCGCUUGGAACGUACAACACCGAUGAGUCAGAGGUGUCCAGCCAUGGAACGUCCGUGCCAGACUUGGAGCCUAUUCCCGGAAUGCAAUCGCAAGGUCAGGCCUUUGGGGAAGGGGGUGUGAGCCAGGUUAGCCUUGAAGAGGAUGAGCAGCAAGAUUCGUUCACGCCGUAUGUGGGUUGGGAUCCAUCUCAAGGUGAGGGUCACAAUUACCCUGCGCAGAAUUUAGAAGAAACUGACCUUCAGCAAUUCCUUGAGGACAGGGGUGUAGGAUCGUCGCUUAGGAGGCUUUUAGCUUUGGGUGUAGAGCAAGCAAGCGACUUGGCGUUCUUGUUCCGGGAAGAUUUGAUUGAGUAUGGGAUACCGCCACCAGAUGCAGUGCGAAUUAUGCAAGGCGUGCAUCCAUCCGGAACGGUGCGUCCCGAUAAUCCUAAUCUUACCUCUCUUACCUCUGGGGAAGUAAGGUUGAUAGAUAGGCAACAUAGACAGCUGCCUUGGGUCAUACAAAACAGAACACUACUGCAGAAGCAACCAGUUGUGCCAGUGGCUGGUUUGGGAGUAAAGGACCCAACUCGUGAAGAGGAUGAUGCAUAUGACUGGAUAGUUAGUGAAGAGCGGAAAAGGAAUGAGGAGCGCUGGAUAGACUACACCCAGGUGCAAGGAGCUCAGUCGAGUUCCUCCGAUGGGCCUCCACCUUUGUGUGCAGAGUCCGUGGUUUUCCCAGCAGCACAGGUCAAUCUGUUAGCUGAGCAGCAGCUGGGUGAACAAGGUGGUUGUCAUGAAGUCGUUUUGCCUGACUACGAAAGUUACGCAGAGUUUGCAAUGGCAAUGCAGGCGGUAUGGGAUGAAGAUGAAGUGAUAAGUGGACUUGAGGACGAUGAUGAGGUGCCACAGGUCACAGGUAUGAUGGAGUCAGUGCAUCCACCUUUGUGUGCAGAGUCGGUGGUUUUCCCAGCAGCACAGGUCCAAAUUCCCUUAGGGGAUUAUAGCAGUGUGCCACCAGUGGGGUCAGGUCCAGAUGUUUAUUGCAGUGUGCCACCAGUGGGGUCGGGUCUUGGGGGUUAUAGAGUAGAUAGUACCCGAGGGAGAAGCAGUUGGCCACAGAUCUCGAGGAGGAGGUAUACGAUGCAGAGAGCAAACAGUGAGCCAGCCCCAGCUGUGAGAACCCUAAGGACUGAGGAUCCUGUGAAAGAAAUGGAACCAACCAGCAGCUCUAGUGCAGCACAGGUCCCAAGGCGUAUACGUGUGCCGACGCAAGCUAGGGUGUCUCUGUUGGAUGUUUGGGAGGAUUCCAGUCCCGACAGUGAGCAUCUUACUAGGAAUAAAGAAAUGAGUGAGUUUCCUGAGGUGAAAAGGGUGGAUGAAGAUUUCUUUACUCCAGGAAUUGAAGAACUUCUGAAGGGGCUAUCAGCACCAUUGAAGGUUGUCCAUAAUGUGUCCCCUGCAGAAAUCAAGAAGCAUAUGAUGGAUUGGCGUCCCUCAGCAGUUGAAGAGGUUAGAGCGCUAGAAGAGAUGAAAGGGAUCCGUAGGCUUCGUGGAAAUGAAGCGGUAAGAGCAGCUGCUGAACCUGGAAUACAAAUACUUCCAGCUAAAGGAGUAUGGACGGUGAAGCCUGGAAAGGCGAACCAGCUCUAUCGCAGAAAGUGCCGUAUCGUAGGAUGUGGUAACUAUGAAAAGAGGAAUCCUGAUCAUGAACUCUUUGCGGGUGGUGUCCCUGCAGAUGUACUCCGCGCUUGUUUGAUCCAUGCAUCGGACAGGGACUUGCAAGCUUGGAUUACAGAUAUAAAGAAUGCCUUUUUGUUGGCUCCCAUUCCAUCUGAAGAAGGUGCAAGGAUUUUGCUACGCCCUCCGAAGGUGCUCGAGGAGAUGGGCAUCACAACGCCUGGAGAACUGUGGGAGGUGACUCGAGCAAUCUACGGCUUGCGCCAGUCGCCGCGGUGGUGGAGUAUACAUCGUGACAGUGUGCUUACCGAGGCAACGUGGUAUGGUCCCAGAGGUCGUACGAAGCUUCAACAAAGUUCUGUAGAGGCUAAUCUUUGGUCAAUGGUGACAGAAGAUGGUCACACUGUUGGGCAUUUGAUUGUCUAUGUGGAUGACUUGAUGUUGCUCGCAAAUCCUGGCGACGCGGAAGGACUCUUUGAGUGGAUCAAGGGACGAUGGGAGUGUACUCCAUUACAAAAGGCGUCAGUUGAUGAACCAAUCACGUUUUUAGGUGUGGAAAUCCAGGAGGAGGUGAACUCUGCUGGAAGAAAGGGCUUUUGUUUGAAGCAAGGUGGUUACAUCGAUGAACUGACGAGGAUUUACAACACGCCGACAGUCAAUAGGGCUGCGCCAUUGCCGAAGGAGUGGGUCAGAGAGCUGCCGGAACCAGACGAGCCGCUCGAUCCUACCGUAUUAAGGCAGGCACAGAAGAUUACUGGAGAACUGUUGUGGAUAGCUCAACGUUCGAGGCCGGAUGUAGCCCACGAAGUGGGGCUUAUGAGCUCGUGGGUGAGUCGGGCACCUACCCUAGUUCACAAACUGGGAAUGAGGGUGCUGGAAUUCUUGAAGUCUACUCGAGACCUGACCUUAUCCAUGACGCCGGUACCAGGAGCCCCUUCCGGUGUCGUGGUGUACACGGAUGCUUCAUUUGCGCCGUAUGGAGGUCACUCCAUUUCUGGAAUUCUUAUUCAGUACAAGGGACGAAAUAUUCUGUGGAAGGCCAAGAAACAGAGUAUAGUAUGUCUUUCCACAGCGGAGAGCGAGCUGGUUGCAGCUUGUGAAGGUGUCGUCUUAGGACAGAGCACCGAAGCACUCAUGAAGGAAUUGAGUCCAGAGUUGCAGAUGAUGCAGCUGUUAGUGGAUAAUUUGGCGGCCAUUGUCAUCUCUGAGGGUGGUGGCACGCGCGAGGAAGCAAGGAUUGCUGCCUUCAGGACUGAGGAUGAUGAGGUUCCACCGCAGCCCUUCGUACAUGUGCAGAUUGAGGCUCCGAGGUUCACGGCGCUGUUCCUUGCGGAGGUCAUCAUCAGGAUGCACCAUCUUGGCUGGGACUACGCCACAGAUCCCUGGAACAUCUUUGACUAUUCAUUGGUGGUGUUUAGCUGGACCGACAUGCUCGUCGCCGUGACAGAGGUUGAGUCAGGCGGCUUGCGGCUGGCUGCCUCUCUGCGGCUCUUUCGCCUGCUGCGCGUGGUGCGGAGCAUUCGCGGCGUGAAGAUCCUCUCAGGACUUUGGCUUGUCAUCCAGGGACUGCUGGAUUCCUACAAGACGGUGCUGUGGAUAGCCUUCGCUAUGGCGAUAUUUAUCUUCUGCUUCGGGGCGGCGCUCUGCGUACUGGGCGGACAAGAUCGCUUCGCCUUCGAGUACUGGUAUUUGCAACCCAUGUAUCUCGGCUCCGUUCUGCGUGCAAUGUUUACGACUCUCCAGGUGGCGACCUUCGAUGACUGGGCCGAUAGCGUGGCGCGCCCUCUUUUCCGGGUGGCUCCCAUGGCGGGCCCGGCUGUGUUUCUACUUAUCUUUGCCAGGGCCUCAGUUCGAGAAAGCGCUGUCUGA